AGAUCAGCACACGCAUGGAGCUGGAGGGCAGAACGUCUCUGUGCUUCCCAACCAGACGAUACCCCGGAAAUGCCCGGCGGGUGGACCGGUCCAGGAAAAAGCUCCCUCUGCCCCCUCCAGAGAACGGAGAAGGUGAAGGUUUGGCGAGAGUCGUUGCCAUGUACGACUUCACGGCCAAGGAGGACUCAGACCUCACCAUUAAACAGGGAGAGGAAUACGUCAUCCUCCAUAAGCAGGACCAGCUGUGGUGGAGAGCAGAGGACAGACACGGGAAUAAAGGCUUCAUCCCCAGUAACUACGUAACAGAGAAAAACAGAAUCGAGGCAAACUCGUGGUACUGCAAGAACAUCACCAGAACAGAAGCUGAACAGCUGCUGAAACAGCAGGAUAAAGAAGGUGGUUUUGUUGUGCGGGAGUCCAGUAAACAAGGAACUUAUACCGUUUCUGUUUAUACAAAGACAUUAAGUCCGAUUGGGGGCAUUAGGCAUUACCAGAUAAAAAUAACGAACACUGGACAGUUCUACCUGGCUGAAAAACACGUCUUCAGCUCCAUACCAGACGUUAUACACUACCAUGAACACAACGCAGCAGGUCUGGUGACCCGGUUACGGUACGCUGUAGGACAGAUGGGAAGGUGUGUCCCAGCCACAGCAGGAUUCAGCUCAGAGAAGUGGGAAAUCAACCCCAGUGAGCUGACCUUCAUGAAGGAACUGGGCAGUGGCCAGUUUGGAGUGGUGAAGCUCGGCAAGUGGAGAGACCAGCAGAAAGUGGCCAAGUCCAUCAGAGAGGGAGCCAUGUACGAGGAGGACUUCGUCGAAGAGGCCAAAGUCAUGAUGAGGCUGUGCCAUCCCAAACUGGUCCAGCUGUAUGGCGUCUGCCUGAAGCACCGCCCCCUGCUGAUCGUGGCUGAGUUCAUGGAUAACGGCUGCCUGCUGAACUACCUGCGGCAGAAGGGCGGAGCUCUGAAGGAGGCGUGGCUUAUGUCCAUGUGUCAGGAUGUCUGCGAAGGAAUGGAGUACCUGGAAGCUCACAGCUUCAUCCACAGAGACCUGGCAGCCAGAAACUGUCUGGUUAACGAGAACAACGUGGUGAAGGUCAGCGACUUUGGGAUGACCAGGUACGUUUUGGACAACCAGUACACCAGUUCCAGUGGCGCCAAGUUCCCAGUGAAGUGGUCUCCUCCGGAGGUUCUGCACUACAGCAAAUACAGCAGCAAGUCAGACGUGUGGUCCUUCGGCGUGGUGAUGUGGGAGAUCUUCUCCGAGGGUCGAACGCCGUUUGAGAGCCGCUCCAACUUGGAGGUGGUGAACGAUAUCACCAGAGGGAUGCGGCUGUACCGGCCGCACCGCGCCUCCCAGCCGCUGUACGCCAUCAUGUACCGCUGCUGGCACGAGAAACCUCAGGGUCGGCCGGCGUUCUCUGAAAUCUUGGAGGAAAUCAGAAAACUGGCAGAAAAUCCAGACUAACACAAAGAUGCUAUUCUUUUACCUCUGAAUAUCAAACUGUUUUUAAACGCAUAUGUACAAAUAAAACAUGUUUUAUUGUUGUAUAUAGAUGUAUAAAUUAAACUUACCUAUGCCGGUGCUUUAAAUCAUUUAUUUAUUUUGAAAUAUGCAAUAAAACCAAAAAGAGAUUUAAAAUUUUAAGCUGGUUCUUGUGAAGUUGGUUUUAUACAUAUGAAGCUUCUGUUUAUAUUAAUGUACAGACUGUUAAAUACAAACUAACAAAACUAUGUAUGAUUGUUUAUGAAGCAUGAAUGAGUGAAUAAAUGUCACUUUAAAUAUUUA